AUGAAGCGCCGCGCACGCGUCGUUUCCCACGCAUCGGUGGUCGCCGACGAUGAGCCGCCGACCCGUGGCGACGCUAAGGCCGCUAUUAACGGCGCUAAUAAUAAGACCCCCCUCGACGACGCAGCAAAGACGCCGUACAUUCCGCCCCCAGCGGCCAGCUGCAGCCUGUUUUCGUGCUUUCAGCAGCGGCGCAGCGACUUCAGCGGGGAGUGGCUGAUGAUGGAGGAGGAGGCGGCGCUGCCGCUGGUGCCGCCCAUCUCCCCGGCGUUGACACAAAAGUUGCGUGAGCAUCAGGACACCAGACAGAGGCAGCGAAGCGGCGCCGAUGGCGGCAGCGGCGGCAAGGAAACGGCACAAGCAACGACGGCGCCAACAACCAAAUCCAAAGCCAAGUCAGCAGCAUCCGCGGCCGACGGGGAGGGAGAUGCGGGCGGUGCUGGGGGCGGGGGACGCACACCGCAGGGGGCGGAGGCAGAGAAGCCAGCCGGCAAUGGCGCCGACGACGAGGGGAUCCGUGGGGACUACCUUAGCCUUCUCCCCGCCUCCGGAGCGCCGGCGGACGUCGCCAGGAGUGACCUGCAGGCCACUCUCACGCUGCGGGAGGGCCGGGACGGGUUGGUGGUGCCCGCCGCUGCCUCCGCGCAGUCGUCGCGCCCCGGGUUGAGACCGGCGGCUUUGUCGCAGCAGCGUGUGGUGCCGCUUUGGAGCGUGGAACGCUACACAGCACGCGGCGGCUACGCGUCAAACGCGGCGAUCGCGCUGCAUCAAGAGAUCUGCGACUUUUUGAACUACCUGCGCCCCUCUGAGGCGGAGGUUUCUAUGCGAGAAAUUAUCGGAAUGGAGGUGCGGGCGAUCGCCAAACGGCUUUGGCCCGGCUGCGAACCCAUCGUCUUCGGCAGCGUGUUUACGGGGCUCCUGCUGCCGCUCUCUGAUCUCGACAUGACCAUUCUGAACGUGCCAGUGUCGACGGAGGAGGCACUGAGGGCGCUAGCGCGUGAAAUCAGCCGUGCAGAGUUGUGCCACGCCGCCUACCCCCAGCUUAUCCUCAAGACGAAGGUCCCACUAGUAAAGUUUCAGCACCGGCAUUCCUUGUUGGACGUGGACAUCAGCAUCAACGCCGAGGAUGGACAGAGAAAUUCCGCCAUUGUAGCAGACAUGCUUCGCAGCUUUCCCGAGGCACGCCCCUUGACCGUGCUGGUGAAAUACUUUCUGCAGCAACGCGGGAUGCACGAGCCUUACCAUGGUGGGCUUGGAUCCUUCGCGACCACCCUGCUCGUGAUUAGUUUCCUGCAACACCACCCCAUUUACACGGAGCGGCCCGAGGAACGGGCCUACACCGGCCUUGGGAGGCUACUUGUGGACUUCUUUCGCUACUAUGGCAUGUACUUCAACUACAGCCACUGCGGUAUCUCACUGCUGGACGGCGGUCGGUACUUUCGCCGCAGCGACACGUCUGGGGUGGCGUCUAGCAGCCUGCCGGGCCAACGCCCCUCGUUGGGACCCACGCAGGUGAUGAUAGAAGAUCCAGGCUGUACGCAAAACAACGCCGCGAGUUCGCUGCGCAACUUUCAUGUGAUCACCUCUGUCUUUACCCAUGCGUAUAUGGCGUUGACAGCGGUAUUUGAUGCACCGGCUGGCGCCGCAGCGGACUUUUCGCCGGACUCCACGGAGAUUGCGCGACGCCCGACGUUGCUUUCCCGUAUUCUGCACGUGGAUGCGCCUAGCGUUGCGCGGCGCCAGUCGAUUGCGGCCGCGUACGAGGCGCUUACGCAGGACCCUGCCCAAAAGGAGAAGCUCCUGGCGGCGGUAGCAGCCGGCAGCAAGGAGGAAGUGCUUGCACUGCAAAAAUUUCGCCUGCGGGAGGGGACAUCAUUGCGAGGAAGCACGAAAACUUGGGGGCAGAAGCGCAGCCGCAGCGGCUCCACCGGUUGCAGCAGCAGCAGCAGCAGCAGCAGAGGAAGUGUCACCUCCACGAGCAGCGCAUCGUCGAAUGGCAGUUCGGUUCGUGUGGUUUCCCGUCGUCUUCGUCGUUGA